CAUACGAUUAGAUAUAAGCAUAUGAUACAUUGGACCUCGUGACAGCGACUCACUGCGUUCCUGCAAUCGAAUACGGAGGAUGUCUCGUUUGCUGCGUGUUGCGCUGCUGCUGGCUGCUCUCGUUGUGGCAAAAUCAUGUCAACCACCAGACUGUGAUCACGUGGACUGCGGAACUUGUGGAAAUGCUUGCUGCAUUCUCAACGUCACUUUUCCUAUGGCUGCUAAGACUGUGUAUAGUGCAAUGAUUGAAACUUUGAAAAAAGGUGGAGACGAUGGACGAUAUACAUUUACUGGCAGUGAGGAUAUGACUCACGACAACAUGACUGCCAAGUACAUAAUACAAUCCAACCACAUGACUCUCGUCCAUCAUUACAAUGACACACAGAAUUUCCUGUUGUACGCAGACAAUGAGAUGUCUACAACAGUGAGGGCUUUUUCGAUCUCUAAAAUCUACGGCGCAUACUGCGAUUACGGCCAGAACUACAAGAACCUGAUUGGUUAUGUGAAGGGACUUGGAGUGAAAGAGUAUAAAGUGGUGCCCGUCAUGGGAUGCCCACCUCCGCAUGCAACAGUGAAGGAACUCUAAAUCUGAUUUGUUGUUGGUUUUCUAGCUGUUGGUGGCUUGUCGCUGAUGAGUUGGUUGUUUGUCGUGGAAUUGUUUUGUGUUGCUCGUAAUUGUUGCUGAAUAUACACACUUGAUUGAAAA